UGCCGCGCGCGGCGCCAGCGCGAAAAAGGCACGGCGUCGUCCGUCCUGGCGUCCUGACCUGUGAGAGUCCUGGCGGCCCACCCACUUGAAGCGCAAGCAAGCAGAAGCAAGCUGCCGAAACCUCCGGGCCUCUGCUCCCCUCCCCUGGCUCACCAACUCCACCAACUCCGGCCUCGCCCUCUUCACUCCCACUGCGCCGCGCCCCCGGGGGAGCUAGGGGACCCGGCGGCCACGCGCGAGCCGACCAGCCACCACCACUCCGCUGCGCUUUUUGACGCCCGCCCCGCCCUACCCCUGCCCCGCACGCCGUCCUCCUCCUGCCUGCGUCGCCCGCCAGGUCUCUCGGACAACGCAAUUAUUGCCGCAGCGAAGCGACAGGUGUGGCGUCAAUGGCGUGGGUCUGACCCUCAACCCUCACUGGCCCAACCAUCCGUCGCCUACUACUACCUAGCUAGCUCCGGGUUCAGUGGAGCUAGUCGUGGCAGCCAUCAUCACCAUCAUAGCCACACUUCUCGCUCGUCAUCACGAGCUGCCGAGAAGAUAGUUGCAGCAGCCCACUCGCGGCGCAGUGGCUUCCCUGCCCUGCCUGCCCACGGGCUGUGUCGUGCGUGCGUGCGUGCACACAUAUGCGCCGCGGCUGCGGCGGCGGUCGCCUUGUCGUUUGCUCUGUCACGGCUAGCUGCGCUGCGCGGGUUGGAUCGGAGGAGGGGGAGUAAAGAAUUGGAGGCGGGCGCGGAUUGGAUGCUGUGUGUGCGCGCGGAGGACGCGCUGGCCGCCGCUGCAGCCGCGGCCGCGGCGUCCGACAAGAUGCGCUCCGUGACCCUGGGCGGGACGAUCCAGAGGGCGGUGCGGAGGAUGGCCGGCGGCGGCGGCGGCGGCCGGAGGAGACCCGGCGCCUCGUCGGCGGACCCGGGGACCGGCGACGCGUCGGCGUCGGCAUCGGCCAGCUGCUCCGGGGAUGAUAGCAGCAUUGGUAGUGCCAAGAGGGAAGGGGCACGAAGGUGCAUCAUGCAACGGUACAGAUCGCAGCUCGAGCAGGAAGUUAAGAAAUUGCAAAGGCAACUCCAAGAAGAGAUUGAUUUGCAUCUGGCGUUGGCAGAUGCCAUAACAUAUAAUGCGGCGCUGAUACUUAAGUCAUCUAUAAAGCUUCCAGACAAGGCACAUGAGCUAUUAAUUAGCAUAUCCUCUUUGGAAAUCGCUAUCACAAAGCUUGAGGAGGACCUAAAUCACCUGCAUUAUCAGUUAUGUCAUGCAAGGAAUGAAAGGCUACUUGCAGAAAAUAAGCCAGGAUGCUUGCUACCUACAGCAUCAGCUUGUCAACCCUCCACAGCUUCCAAUUGUACAGGGGAAGAGCCCGGACAAGUGUUAAGAGAUUUGAGAUUCAGAGUUUAUCACCCAGUGGAAGAAGAUUUUUCAACUGAACCUGAAGAUCAACAGAAUGACGAAAAAGCCACUGAAGAUGGAGAACGGGUGUCUCUAAAUAUGCUGCUAGAAAAGCACCAAGAUGUUUCUUUAACUGGACUGUUGGAACACCAAGAUGAAGAGAUGCAAGAGGCAUGCUCUAUGGAAAAAGAAGGCAAAGAAGAUCAGAAGAUAGAUGUGUUACCAUUUAGCCAGCCCAAUUUGAAGAGAAGCAACAUGAGUGGAAAUUUGUGGAAUAAUCCAAAUCAGCUCUCUGAAGAGAUGGUGCGCUCCAUGAAAGAUAUCUUCCUUCAUUUAUCUACAUCUUCCAAGAUAUCACCAGAGGAGCCUUUUGCUAAUUCAUCUUCAUCAGCAGAACGUCUGUCUGGUUCAACAUUGACUACUUUAUCAGAUUCAUCUGUAAUAGCCUCAGUGCUGCUCAGUCCUUCAAUUGACUUGAACCAUGAUGAUGGUAUUGUUGAUGAUGUUAGAAACUUUGACCCAUACAAUGUUAAUGGGAAGGAAGCACGGAGAGACAUUGGAAGCUAUUGUUCAGUAGCUGAAGUGUCUUGGAUGUAUAUUGGCAAUGAACAACUUGAAUAUGCAUCUGGAGCUCUGAAAAAGUUCAGAUUUCUUGUGGAGCAACUAUCAAAGGUUGACCCUUUUUGUAUGAACUGUGAUGAACGGUUAGCAUUUUGGAUUAACCUGUACAAUGCAUUAAUAAUGCAUGCUUAUUUGGCAUACGGUGUCCCUGAAAAUGACAUUAAGCUUUUCGCACUAAUGCAAAAGGCCUGUUACACGAUCGGUGGGCAGCCUGUCAGUGCAGCUGAAAUAGAGUUUGUGAUUCUGAAGAUGAAGACUCCAGUGCACCGGCCACAACUCUCCUUGAUGCUGGCCCUUCACAAAUUUAAAACAUCAGAGAAUCUCAAGAAAUAUUCAAUCGAUGACCCUGAGCCUCGUGUGCUCUUUGCCCUCUGUUGUGGGAUGUUCUCUUCACCUGCGGUAAGGAUUUUCUCUGCUGAAAAUGUUCGAGACGAGCUUCAAGAAUCAAUGAGAGACUACAUCCGAGCAUCAGUUGGUAUCAAUGACAAGGGAGAGCUUAUAGUCCCCAAGUUACUGCAGAGCUAUGCCAAGGGCAUUGUGGAGGACUCUCUGCUUGCCGACUGGAUCUGCCGUCAUCUAACGCUAGAUCAAGUCACUGCAAUCCAAGAUACGUCAUCGUCGCAUAAGCAGCGCCUUCUUGGAGUGCGCAGUUUCAGCGUCAUCCCAUUCGAUUCAAGAUUCCGGUACCUAUUCUUGUCCGAAAACAGUAGGUGCCAGAACUGAAACAAGCUGCAUUGAUCUAUGUGCAGAAAGCCACAAGAGUGGGCGUUUGACAUAGUGAAAAAUGAAAAAAGUUAGCCGUGUUGUACAUUUUGUAAAUUUUGGUGGUGAUUAGGAUUCUUCUCUGUAUGUAAAAUUCAGUUAACUUUUGUACAUCAAGCAAACCCGAAAUAUAAACUGUAGAUUGGUCGAUGGUUC